AUGACACGUUUCAACGGUUGCAUCGAUCUCCAUCACGGCCAAGUCAAACAAAUUGUUGGUGGUUCCCUUAGCGAUAAGGCACCCGAGGAUCUCAAGACCAACUUUGUUUCAACGGAAACGCCAAAGCACUACGCUGAACUCUACAAGCGACACGAUAUUACACGUUGCCAUGUUAUCAAGUUGGGACCCAACAAUGAUGAUGCUGCCAAGGAAGCGCUUAGUGGAUGGCCCAACGGUCUUCAAGUGGGUGGUGGUAUCACAUCAGAGAAUGCACAAACGUGGCUUGAUUAUGGUGCUUCCAAGGUGAUUGUCACAAGUUACCUCUUCCCGGAUGCCCGAUUCUCAAAGGAACGUUUGGUGGAUUUGUGUCAACGUGUAGGCAAGGAACGAUUGGUGGUAGAUGUCAGUUGUCGUCGCCGUGAUAACAAAUGGGUUGUGGCUAUGAACAAGUGGCAAACCAUGACCGAUAUGGAGGUGAAUCAAGACACCUUGACAAUGCUUUCGGAAUAUUGCAGCGAGUUUUUAAUUCACGCAGCGGAUGUUGAAGGCUUGUGCAAAGGCAUUGAUGAGGAAUUGGUUCAAAAACUUGGCGAAUGGGUCAACAUCCCAACGACGUAUGCUGGUGGUGGAAGAAGCAUAGAUGAUCUUGCUCUUGUUGAAAGAUUAUCAAAGGGCAAAGUGGAUCUUACUUUCGGCAGUGCUUUGGACAUUUUUGGAGGCGAUGGAGUGACAUUUGACGAGUGCGUGGCAUGGAACAACGAGCAUCAAUGA